CGCCGCCCUCCCUUCCCGCCUCUCCCCGCCCCUCUCGCCGCUUCUCCAACCGCCAUCGACGUCAGGGCCGCAUCGCAGCGGCAGCCGCCGCCCCCGUUCCUCGCUCUCCUUCGUUCCUCAGCCGCUUGGUUUUUCCUCGUCUUCGAUCCCAGCCACAGCUUCGACCUCCACCGCUUCCGCGCAUGGGAUUCCUCAACCUCCGCUGCCCACUCGCCUCAUCCGAUUUCCACCUCGCGUUCCUCUUCUCCUCCCCCGCCUCAGAAGCCAGCCUCUUUAUUCCUCUCGCAUAGUCCAGACUCUAGUUCCUUUUCCCCGCUCUCCUUAAACCAUAUUGUCUUCGGCAUCGCCAGCUCCGCCAACCUCUGGCAGCGCCGGCGAGAAUUCAUUCGCUUGUGGUGGCGGCCUGGGGUGAUGCGCGGCCACGUCUGGCUCGACGAUCGCGUGCGGCAAUCGCGGAACGCUUCGGCCUCCCUUCCGCCUGUCCGGGUUUCCGAUGAUAUAUCGCGUUUUAGAUACACAAAUCCCACCGGUCACCCCUCUGGCCUUCGUAUCGCAAGAAUCAUAUCAGAGACGUUCCGACUCGGCCAUCGCGACGUCCGGUGGUUCAUGCUUUGCGACGACGAUACCAUUGUGAGUCCUGAUAACCUAGUGGCUGUUCUCUCGAAGUACGAUUGGAGGGAGAUGGUGUAUGUUGGAGGGCCAUCGGAGAGCCACUCGGCUAAUAUUUACUUUAGCCAUGCCAUGGCUUUUGGUGGUGGGGGGAUUGCCAUAAGCUAUCCUCUUGCUGAGGCUCUUGCUGGGACUCUGGAUGAUUGCCUUGAGAGGUAUCCGAAAUUAUAUGGCAGUGAUGAUCGGCUGCAUGCUUGUAUUUCUGAGCUUGGUGUCCCUCUAAGCCGUGAGUACGGAUUCCACCAGUGGGAUAUUAGAGGAAAUGCGCAUGGCCUUUUGGCUGCUCAUCCUAUCACUCCAUUCAUUUCCAUACACCACGUUGAAGCUGUGAAACCACUUUACCCCGGCUUAGGCCAUCUAGAGAGCCUGAAACUUUUCACCAAGGCUUCACGAAUAAAUUCUCGAAGCUUCUUGCAGCGCGCCAUUUGUUAUGACAAGGAUGAGAGGAUCACAUUUGCUGUUUCUCUGGGAUACGUCGUACAAGUAUACCCGAACAUCGUCCUCCCGAGGGAGCUCGAGCGCUCGGAGCUGACUUAUACUGCUUGGAACCGAAUUGGUCACCGAUCUGAAUUUGACUUUGAUACAAAGGAUCCGCCGAAAUCCAUCUGUAAAAAGUCCAUUCUAUUUUUUCUGAGAAAUGUUGUUGAAGAUGGGUCUGGAGGUAUUUCUGUCAGUACUUACUCACGGUCUAAACAAGGCGAUGAUUUGAAAAGAAAAGUAUUUUGCUUUCCCCAUUCACCCCCUCUUCGUCGUGUUGACGAAAUUCGGAUAUUUGGGAAUCCGCUGAGUGAAAAUUGGCAUCUGGUUCCAAGGCGUCUGUGUUGCAAAGCUGAUCGAACGGUUAAUCGAACUCUGAGUUUAAAUGUCGGAGAGUGUGAAAGGAGAGCACUUGGAUCUGUUUCUGAUUCUCUAUCACCAUAAAGGAAACAAAAAUAUUGGUUUUUUGAGCUCCAUUAUUUCAUCAUUGUUUCUUUUACAGGCCUUCAACUGGCCGAUCAGAUCACCUGAAUGACACAGAAAGUUUGAGGUAGCUUCUGUUCUUAUACAUUGUUCACUAAACGCAGAAACUUGUUUUCGUUGAUUAGGUAAGUAUUCUUUGCCUUCGAAUUUUACAUGGAAGGCUUUUUUUGUCAUAAUUAACUUAAACAAUAAUUUAUAAUUCAAAAGACGUGUUCUAGGGAGCUCUUUAGUUAUAUGAUUUUGCUCUUUUCUCAUGUAUUUACAUGCCUUUAUAUAGAAGUAAGAUUG